UCGGCAAUGCACAUUCCCGGAGAAGAGCAAUGUGUAAUCUCCGAUCAAGACCAAUUGACCAGACCAGAUCUAUUUGUCGAAAAUGAUGCACACACCACGUUUACUGUGAAUUAUUUUAGAAAUACAUGUGUGGAUCCUCCUCAGAAAGAAGGUGGACGCCUCGAAGCUCGCUUGACUGGAUUCCGUGGUGGCGAGGGUAUCCUUGAGUUGGCCCAACAAAAAGGAAAAAAUCCUAAACUUCUUGCGAUAAUGACUGGAUUGCAAGAAAAUAAGGUAACUCAAAAAAUGCAUGCUUUAAGGUGGUUCUAG